AGAGUUUACAGAACGACCUUGUUUCGUGUCAGAGUCUGAAAAUUUAUCGAAUUAGCCCAGUUAUCUACUUAGGUCCAGAAUCGAAAUACAGAAUCAAAAUCGAUUUGCAGUCCUUUAGAUGCAAGCGAAAAUGAAAUUUGUUAUAAUAUUGUCAGUUUUUGUUUUGUCGGGUUUCGCAGAGGAGACCAAAGAUAAUUUUAAAUCGGAGGAGGAAGAUAUUGGAUUUUUCCAGGCCUUGGCGAUUCAAUACUUACGAGAAUCAAGUUUUGAUGCACAGAAUUGUUCACAAUCUUCACCGGAAAAGUUGGAGGAGGAGAACAGGAAAGCAGUUGAAUGUGUUAAGAAUAUCAGAUAUAACAGUACAUUUUGCGAUACCUUUACCCAUCAUUUUAAGCCUUGCAUUCAAGGACUGCUGGAUGAAGUUAAAAAAUGUGCAGAUCCUGUUGGAUUCUCAUUUAAAAACACUCUUCUUGACUCGUUUAUUGAAGAGGCAAAAUACAUAUGUAAUGUUGAUGGAGAACACAUUUUGGAAAUAUUUAAUCCAUGCGUUCUUGACAGUGUGAAAAUGAGUCAUGAAUGUAGAAAGAACAUCACAGAACCAAUCGUAGACAGGAGAAACCCAAUAAGCCUUUGUGGUGCCUUCCCGGGCAUGCAGAAAUGUUUCGAAACACAGAUGCAGAAAGAGUGUGUAAAUGAAUUGACUAAAACAGACUUACACGAUUUAUUUUCUGUUGAUGUAAAGCCAUGCAACAUAGCAAUGAUGUUAUAUUUCGAAUUAUCGGAAUACUUACGUUGACAGCAGGAUUAUCAUUGUUCUCUCAGCUGAUUUCAGAUUCCAGAUGAAUUCUUCUGAUAAAUGUAGAUCUGUUGAAGAUAUUUAGAAAUUAAAAAUAUUCGAGUACUGUA